AUGUCAAAUGCUAUUCGUUUAAGAUUCCAUUAUUGUUUUGGAAAUAUAUAUCAUAAUUUGAAUAACAAUACAAGUUUAUUUUUAAGAAUACUAUCAAUUUUCUUUGUCUAACUUAAAUUAUAACUUAAGAUAAAGACAAUAUAUUUUUGUCUGAACAAUUAAUAAACAUUAAGAUUUGGAGGUGCUUAAUUGCCUUUUGAAAUUUAUUAUUGA